UCGCUCCCUCUGUGUUUUCGCAUUCUAUAUGCUCACUACUUCUUCUUCUUCUUCCUCUCUUCUCUUCUUCUCCCAGUCAUCUACAGCCGCCGCCGCCGGCGGCCAGCGACUUCAGGUUAAGCACAUCCGACCUUCCCUCGACGAAUCAGAGAUUGGAUCUGGUGAUUUGGAGCAAGAUUCGAGCUCGGAUCAGAAGCUCGAAGAGCAGAAUCGAAACGAGGAGAGGCAAGAAGAGGAAAACCGGAACGAUGAACGGAGAGAGAGCCGGGAUCAGAAGCAGAUGGAGGAAAAUAGAGACACUGAGAGUCAAGCAAUAUUUCAGCUGGAGGAUAAAGAGAGCAGCCCUGCCGAAAACCUAAUUGAGGAACAGAGCGAGAUUAGAGAUAUUGAUUGGGAUCUGUGCAACGUUACCUCAGGUGCUGACUACAUUCCUUGCCUUGACAAUGUAAUGGCUGUGAAGAAGCUGAAGAGCUGGAAUCAUUAUGUGCACAGAGAGCGCCAUUGUCCGGAGAAAAGUACGGCUUGUCUUGUUCCUCUUCCUAAGGGGUAUAAGAGGUCGAUUGAAUGGCCUACUAGCAGAGAUAAGAUAUGGUACAGUAAUGUUCCAAGAACUAAGCUUGCUGAGGUGAAGGGGCAUCAGAACUGGGUGAAGGUUGAUGGAGAAUAUCUGAUAUUUCCUGGAGGUGGAACGCAGUUCAUUCAUGGAGCUCUAAAUUAUAUAGAUUUCAUUCAUCAGUCCCAACGUGAUAUUUCGUGGGGAAAGAAUACCCGUGUUAUAUUAGAUGUCGGCUGCGGGGUUGCGAGCUUUGGUGGCUAUCUCUUUGAACGUGACGUGCUUGCGAUGUCAUUCGCACCAAAGGACGAACAUGAAGCACAAGUUCAAUUCGCUCUUGAGCGUGGAAUUCCUGCAAUAUCUGCAGUCAUGGGCUCCCAACGGCUUUCAUUCCCAAGCAACGUUUUCGAUCUUGUUCAUUGUGCGAGAUGUCGUGUCCCGUGGCACGCAGAUGGAGGCAUGCUGCUGCUGGAGCUGAAUCGGGUGCUGCGUCCCGGUGGCUAUUUUGUGUGGUCAGCCACGCCUGUUUAUCAAAAACUGAAGGAAGAUGUAGGAAUAUGGAAAGCAAUGUCAUCACUUACCAUAUCAAUGUGCUGGGAUCUGGUCACUAUCAAAAAGGAUAAAUUAAAUGGAGUUGCUGCAGCUUUUUAUAGGAAACCCACAACAAAUGAAUGUUAUGACAACAGAAAGAAUCAAAAUCCUCCCAUGUGUGAGGAAGGAGAUGAUCCCAAUGCAGCUUGGUAUAUUCCUCUAAAAACCUGCAUGCAUAGGGUGCCUGUUAAUGCAGCUGAAAGAGGCGCAAAAUGGCCUGCGAACUGGCCAAAAAGACUCGCAAUGCCUCCAUAUUGGCUGAACUCCUCCCAUACAGGAAUCUAUGGAAAACCAGCUCAUGAUUUUAAAUCAGACUACCAGUACUGGAAACAUAGAGUAAUGAAUUUCUACCUCCAUAAUUUGGGCAUCAACUGGUCCAAACUUAGAAAUGUAAUGGAUAUGAGAUCUGUAUAUGGAGGGUUUGCUGCUGCUCUGAAAGAUCUGAAUGUGUGGGUCAUGAAUGUUGUGAACAUUGAUUCUCCAGAUACGUUGCCCGUUAUCUACGAGCGCGGCCUUUUCGGCAUAUAUCACGACUGGUGUGAAUCCUUUAGCACUUAUCCCCGAACCUAUGAUCUCCUCCACGCCGACCAUCUGUUCUCAAAGAUGAAAGAAAGGUGCAGUAUUGUUCCAGUUCUGGCUGAGAUCGAUAGGAUUGUGAGGCCAGGAGGCAAGCUGAUAGUCAGGGAUGAAUCUGCUGUUGCCAGUGAAGUGGAAAAUCUGUUGAAGUCUUUGCACUGGAAGAUUUUAACAAGCUUUAACAAAAACAAAGAAGGAAUAAUCUCAGCAGAAAAAUCAGAUUGGAGACCUGACAAGUAUUCUGCUUCAUCGUGACCAGUUAAGUAAUGAUUUGUAGUACAAUAAUUCAGCUUUUUUUUCUUUUUUCUUUACACCAUUUUUGUUUUCUACUAUUUUGUUAAACUUCGCAAGGUUAAAAUUCAACAUUUUAAUAAUGCUUUUUUACCUGGUUA